UUGGGCGGACAGAUAUUACUUGAAUGGCUGCAGAGGGGGCCAAAUAUCUCCUUCAACUCAAUGGAGGGAGGCAAGAUAAGGCCAAGCCCUGAGACUUGAAGAGUUUGCUGUUGGCCAUCUGUUAAACCAUGCUGCAGGGUUUGGGUUGAGCAGGGGAGCUGGCAGAACACUUGUUGCCCGAUCAUCCCACUGAGAACCACCAGGCCAAGCCCUCCCAGGGCCAGUGUCAUGGCUCCCACUUUAAGGAGGGCCUGUGCUUUUAUGUCUUCACAGUGUUGCAUCUGUGGCAUGCAUGGCCACAGGGCAGAGAGAAUGGCCCAGCACCCCAGGCCAUGCCUACGGCUGAUGGCAGCAGACUGAGCCGCCAGCACUGUUUUCCACUGGUGUUGGUGACUUGCAGCAGAAGGCCAGAGAACCAAGUGUUGCAUCUGUGGCAUGCAUGGCCACAGGGCAGAGAGAAUGGCCCAGCACCCCAGGCCAUGCCUACGGCUGAUGGCAGCAGACUGAGCCGCCAGCACUGUUUUCCACUGGUGUUGGUGACUUGCAGCAGAAGGCCAGAGAACCAAGUGUUGCAUCUGUGGCAUGCAUGGCCACAGGGCAGAGAGAAUGGCCCAGCACCCCAGGCCAUGCCUACGGCUGAUGGCAGCAGACUGAGCCGCCAGCACUGUUUUCCACUGGUGUUGGUGACUUGCAGCAGAAGGCCAGAGAACCAAGUGUUGCAUCUGUGGCAUGCAUGGCCACAGGGCAGAGAGAAUGGCCCAGCACCCCAGGCCAUGCCUACGGCUGAUGGCAGCAGACUGAGCCGCCAGCACUGUUUUCCACUGGUGUUGGUGACUUGCAGCAGAAGGCCAGAGAACCAAGUGUUGCAUCUGUGGCACGCAUGGCCACAGGGUAGAGAGAAUGGCUCAGCACCCCAGGCCAUGCCUAUGGCUGAUGGCAGCAGACUGAGCCACCUGCAGUGUUGUCGACUGGUGUUGGUGACUUGCAGCAGAAGUCCAGAGAACCAAGGAAGCAUUAUGAAGUUCAGCUGUCAAAGAAUGAUUGAUGGAAAAGAUCUACUCCAGAAGUCUCUACAGGGAAUGACUAAGACCAGGAAAUACAUGAAUGAAGACUACUCAGACCUACAUUUUUUACCAUAUAUUAUACAAAAGCCAUACUCUGAAGAUGAAUUGGAAACAUUAUGGACGGUGCCAUCUCUUCCACCAGCAGAUUCCUCAAGACAGUCAUCAUUAUACCUGCUGAUGUCUCUUUCCUGUGUAGCAGCAGACACCAUCUGCAGAUAAGAAAUGCUUAACUGAGAAAUGCUCAUGUUGGGAUAUCAUCGAUGAAACUUUAAUUUGUGCGUGGUGACUGUUUCCCUUGCUGCCACUUGACUCAAUCCCAGGAGCCUCAGUAGAGGAAAUAAUAUUGCACAACAAGCUCAAAAUAGUGGAAACAUUCAGUGCUCCUAUAAAUAUACACUGCUAAUUUUUAAAAUAUGACAUAUUAGAAAGGAAUUGCAUGAUUUAAAAAAAUCUCAAAGUAUACUUAUAUGAUUAAUACAUAAAUUACGGACCUCCUCUCUUUCAAAAUAGUCAAAAGUUUUCUACAGUUUUCCCCUAUUAAGGAAUGGAUAUGAAUGCUCUUAAGCAGACAAAUAUAUGAAACAUACACAUGCUUUCUGGGGGGGGGACUUCUACCAGUCAGCCCAUACUCUUACACAAAUUGUUACUUUUGUUUGAUGAGCUUUUUCUAUUUCAGUACUAUAUUAAUAUCUACAUCAUUUUUUGAAUAACUGCAUAACUAAUUUGUAGAUGAAAUAGAAUUAAAUGUUUUAAAGAUUGCUCAUUUAUAGGCAUUUAUGUAGGUGCUAGAUUUCUGUGAAAUGAACUUCCAUAUACAUAUAUAUAAAUAUAUAUUCAACAAUUAUGUAUUUGUCCCUUCUAUUAUAAUAAAAUUACCUAGCACUUAAAUUAUUAGAAUGAAGUAUUAUAACACUUAAAAAAUUUAAAUAAUCAUAAUUCCUUUUAAAUGAGCUUUAGUAGCCUUCUCUUCAAUGGCAAUGACUUAGACUACCAUCUUCAUAAUCCACAUAUAAUGGGUUCUACAAAUAUUUGAGAUAUUUCCCAAUGUGUUAGUCCAAACAAUUGUCUUAAAUUGUAUUUAUUUUAUUUUUGAGUUUGAUCAUUUUCAUGUUUAUUAGCCAUCUGUAUUUUUCAUUUCUUCUCUAUGUCAAAGUUUGAGAGUAUGUGGAGAUUUCAGUCUCUUUUAAAGAUCAUAUUUACACUUGGAGAAAAAUAAGAUUUGGAUUGUCAAACAUUACAUGUUUUUCUCACAUUUGAACUUCGUUUUGUUAUAAGAAUGUGUAUUGUUGUUACAUGUCCAACUAUAACCAUGUUUGCUUUUAUGGCUUCUGAGUUUCAUGUCAUUUUUGAAAAACAAAAAUAUCGUAAGCUCAUAAAAAGCCCCACUCCUUUGUUAAUCGUAGUUCUUUUGUGUUUUUUAUGUCAAAUUCUUAUGUCAUGAAAAGAGUUUUGUUUUGAAAUCUUAAAGCUGCCAAGUUAUUUGCCAUUACUUAUGAUUAUUUGCCAAUAAGUGCCCAUUUAUCUGUAAGCCAUCUUGCACCUGUGCUGUAUUGUCAUCUGUGAAUGGCUCCAUUUUUGUUCUGUGGAUGUGUGUCUCUUCUGCCUCCUGUCUCACAUGUCUUUGUGUUGGAAGAAAUUACAGUUUAGACUGCAAUUUCAUCAACUUUAAUAAAUUAAUUUGGGGAAACUGUUUUUAAAUAAUACUGUCUUCGUAAUGAAGGACAAGAAAUGUCUCUUUUAUUAAACAUCUGAUUACUGUUGAUA